CUUUACUGCGGAGGUAGAAAAGUUGCUGUCACGUGAUCAUUUGUUAGGCAUAAAAAAUGGCAGAUCAGCAUCAUCACAUCGGUGCAAAAACCGUCCCAGAAUUACGCAUUUUUUUGAGAGAAAGGGGAAUCAGCUGUAAUGAAUAUAGAAAGUUCACGUUAGUCAGGUUGGCUCAAGUCGCACUAGAACUUCAGUUACCGAUCAUUGUCGCGAAAGACGACUACAAAGUCAUGAACUUGAAACGGCGCACCAUACGAAGUCUUGAUGGAGAAGAAAUUGUCGCCCCAGAUAUAACGACUAUUAUAAGUCGCUUUACAAAGAAUCUUAAAGAACUUCCUUGUCUGGAAAUAUGCGAUGUGUUGAUAUAUUUGCUGCGGUCUUCUGCCUGGUCAGAUAACAGAUUAAAGAAUUACAGACAAGACAACGGCUAUAAACUGUACAAAGAUGGACACAUUAGUAAUGUGCAGAUGUACAACAUUCCAAACUCAGAUUAUAAUUACGUUUCGGCCACAUGUGUUAGGGAAACAACUUUAAGCGAGAAACCUUAUAUUACAUGGAUAUUACAGAAAAAGGAUGGCCAAGUAAUUUCUGCUGGAUGUGCUUGUGUUGCAGAUGAUGGAACGUGUAAACACUGCACAGCUUUACUGUUUUCCUUGGCUGAUUUUUGCACUCGCCAUAUGGACAGGAACACACAAGUAGGAACAGAUCGCCCGUGCAUAUGGGACAUACCUAGAAAAGUGUCAGUUCCCACAAAAAUUGAUGACCUUGAUGUUAGAUACAAUAAAAAUAAUCCGUGCAUUGCACCUACUUCUGCAGCUUUCCACUCUUCUAAAGUUCAUGAACAAUCCUUGCGAGAUGUAGAAUGUCAUUUGUAUAGAUUGUGUAAAGGAUCAGAUUCUUUACUGCUUCAUGUUCUCGAGCCUCCCUCAGAUGACAGUGAUGAAGAAAUAAAGGAUGAGCAGCCACCAAAUAUGACAAACUAUAUGAGUGAAUUUAUAAGAGAGAAAGUUAAUACAGAUUUUCUUACCUUUUUGAAAAGCAAAUGCGAUAUAAAUUUAAUUAGUAAAAUUGAAGUAUUAACAAAAGGUCAAGGAAAUUGUACUGAGUGGUUCAAAUAUCGUGAAGGCAGAAUCACUGCCUCUCUUGCAUUUUCUGUGUGUCACUUUAGAGAUUCAAACAAAGAAGAUAAUUAUAUUGUAAAAAAAAUCAUGAACUCCAGCUCUGUGCCCCUUUCAACUCCUGCAAUUAAAUAUGGAAAAGAGCAUGAAGCAAUCGCUCGACUUUUAUACCAGGAAAAUUAUAAAAAAGAGCACAUAAAAGCCCAUAUUGUUGAAAGUGGAUUACAUGUGUCCAAGCAAUAUCCAUACAUGGGUGCCUCGCCAGAUGGACUUGUGCAAUGCAAAUGCUGCGGGAAUGGACUUCUAGAGAUUAAGUGCACAUAUACACACAAAGACUUAUCUCCAGAUGAAGUUGCUACAAGGGACAAAAAUUAUUUUGUUUAUAUGGACGACAACAACAAUGUUAAGUUGAAAACAAACACAUCUUGGUAUUACCAAAUUCAGACCCAGCUUGGUGUGUGUGACAGAAAAUGGUGUGACUUUGUCUUUUACACACAGAAAGGAAUAUCUGUCGACAGAAUUUCUUUUGACAAUACCUUAUUUGAAAUGAUUGUAUCAAAAUCAAAUUUCUUCUUCAACAAAUAUGUAAUUCCUGCUCUUAAAAAAAAUUACAAAUGAAAUAUUAAAACACAAUAACUUGUAUUUUGUUUUAUCAUUUAAUUUUGUUUUAAUACUUGUGCACUUUUACAAAAAUGCUCAAAUUUAUCACAAUUCAAAUCAUUGAAAAAUAUUAAAACCAAUCAGCAUGACAAUUUAAUAGCUUUUUAUCAUGAAUAUACAAUACUCUUAAAAUUUUCCAAGAAAAAUCAAUACUUUAAACUUCUCUUCCAAAGAAAUAGAAAAUGUGCCACUCUCUAAACAAGUUGUCACACUGACCAUGCAGACAGCGCAUUAUUUAAUUUCAGCUUUUAAUAUAGAUAAAGUAAAUUUAAAAAUGUAAUACAAGUUCAGACAUAAACAACAUCGCUGUUUGACUAAAUUAUCAAUACAAUGAUAACCAGUAGUGACUAAAUUAUCAAUACCAUGAUAACCAGUAGUGACCAGGCACAUGCAAAUACCUAAAUACAAAAACUUACAAUAAGUUAUAAGCAUCAUAAUUAUGCACUUUAUACACAGGUGAUACAUCU